ACACGCUUGAUUUCUGAUUUGAACCCAAUCGAAGACGCCUGCUGACGAUCAGAGAGGUUGGACCUUCAUAUAUUUCUAUAAACUAGGUUCUAGUCUUGGGAAUAAUAGGACACCAUUCAGGAUGUCGGACUUUCCACCCAACUGUGUUGCUUUCGUGACUGGGGCUGCCUCUGGAAUUGGUCUAGCAGUAGCUCAACGCCUUGUGGCCGACGGUGUCAAAAACAUAGCAAUCGUAGACAUUACACAUGAACGGCUUCUCCCAGCCGUUUCAUCACUCGCUGCCAUUGACCCCUCUGCCACGGUACUUCAAAUCGGAGCAGAUUGUAGUCAAGAAGCGGAAGUUGAAGCUGCUGUUUCCAAGACCGUCGAAACUUUCGGAAGACUGGACGUUUGCUUCAAUGCAGCAGGCAUGUCUGGGGAUAUCAAACCGAUGGCAGAGCAGAGUUCUAGCAACCUGGAUAACGUUCUAGGGUUGAAUCUGAAAGGCGUUUGGUAUUGCCAAAGAGCGCAGAUUAAGCAGAUGUUGAAGCAGGAGAUGAGAGAUGUGACAACGGGCUUGAAGCUCCAGACGAGAGGGAGCAUUAUCAACGUUGGAUCGUUGACCAGCCACCUUGCCAUCAACAAUAUUAACCCUUACAUUAUCUCCAAGCAUGGAGUUCUUGGACUGACCAGAGCGGAUGCAAUGGACUAUGCCGAGAAAGGCAUCAGAAUCAACUGUAUCUGCCCAGGAUGGAUCACGACUGGAAUGACUCAGCACAUGUGGAAGGAUGGAGUUAUGAUAUUCGGUGAUGUUGCUGGAAGGGCGCCAAUGAAGCGAUGGGGUUUACCGGAAGAGGUGGCAUACACAGUGAGCUUUUUGGCCAGCGACAGAGCUAGCUUUGUUACUGGCACUGCUAUUGAUAUAGAUGGUGGACUUGCAGCAGCAGCCUCUUGAUUGUCUCGUCUCAGUGAGAGGCCAUAUGCAAUAUAUGACUGUU